GUCAAUAGUUGAAGAUAUUUUUUAGCUUUGCUAUCCGUAUCGUGCCGCGUCGCGUGUGCAGUGUCCGCGAUGAGGCGUGAAAACACUUUCAAGAUUGACUAUUCGAGUUUCCCCGUGAAGCCGUCGUUCGAGAAAGUGCACGGCUUCUGCCGUUCAGUGCUCGGCCUGAAGAAAGAAGACGUGCAGAGACUACAGUGCCACCGCGGUGGAGCAUGUGCUUUCGUCAAGGUCAAUGACCUGGCGUUAGCACAAAAAAUCGUUGACAAUCAUGACGAGAAGCACGAAGUUGAACUGGACGGAAAGAAGCACAAGCUUCGUAUUACCAUGGAGGAUGGUAGUGUGGAAGUGAAGGUGCAUGACCUGCCCGAAGACGUGUCCGAAGAGAAAGUGGUAGAGUUCCUGAGCGCGUUCGGUGAGGUGCUAUCGAUUCGCGAGCUAAUGUGGGGUGAAGGCUACGAUUUCGGUGGUAUUUCGCUCGGCAUAUGGUCUGCUCGAAUGCUCGUGAAGAAAAAUAUUGACUCGUGGGUCACCAUCGACGGCGAACGAGCGCUUGUCGUUUACAAGGGACAGCUUCAAUCCUGUCGCCACUGUCACGAGCAAGCGCACACUGGCAUAUCAUGUGUCCAGAACAAAAAGCUUCUGGUCCAGAAGAGCUACGCUAACGUGACGAAGCAAACGGGUCCACGACCGCAACCAAAACCAGCUGGUCCGAAACCAGUCAAGCCGAAACCUACCGCACCACCAACGGCAACGUUGGGUGCAUUUCCCGAAUUGCCGAAGCAGACGGACACGAAUGCGCAGAGUAGUAGCCAGGCCGCAACAGCUGUAGCGUCCCUGUGUCCGCAACCACUACUAGCGCAAAUGUCGUCGUCGCAACGAGUGCCAUCGGUAACUGCCCAACCAGCCAACACCAGCACGGCUACGGUUGACCUGUUCAAGAAGCCCCCACACGCGCUGCGAUCGCAGAGCAAGAGCGGGAAUGGCAACGAAACCGACGAAUCUUCAACAUCCACGAGUAGCAGGCGGGACAGGGCCGACCGCCGAGCAAAGAAACCGCGCCGGACCAGCGAGGACGAAGAGCGGGGUGGAGAGAAGCUCCCAUAAAUGGCUCUCACAUCCUACAACGUUGCUUCCAUCAACAUCGGCACCAUCACGAACCCUACAAAACUAAAUGCGCUCCGAACCUUCAUCAGUAGCCAAAACCUCGAUAUUGUGUGUCUGCAAGAGGUUGAAAAUGAGCAGCUCUCCUUGCCUGGCUUCGUCGUUUUCGCCAAUGUAGACCACAUGAGAAGAGGUACAGCUAUUGCUCUGAAGGACCACAUCCAUGCCACUCACGUCGAACGAAGUCUGGACGGCCGACUGCUUGCGCUGAGAGUGCAAGAUACAACUAUCUGCAACGUUUACGCUCCCUCCGGCUCUUCGCAGCGCGCAGCUCGGGAGGAUUUCUUUAAUGGGACGCUUGCCUACUACCUCCGUCAUCGGACACAGCAUGUGAUUCUGGCUGGUGACUUUAAUUGUGUGCUGCGAGCAUGCGAUUCAAGUAGCCCCAACACAAGCCCCUCACUCAAAACAGCUGUGCAGCAGCUCCAGCUGCACGAUGUGUGGGAAAAGCUUUGUCCACGCGAUACAGGCUUCACCUACGUCAGCAGAAAUGCUCAAUCGCGCCUCGACCGCAUUUAUGUCAGCAGCGUUUUGCGCGAUAAUCUGCGAGCAGCACACACGCAUGUCUGCUCGUUCACCGACCACAAAGCGCUGACACUCCGAAUAUGCCUCCCCCAACUUGGACACGAACACGGCCGUGGAUUCUGGUCACUUCGGCCCCACCUUCUAACUGACGAAAACGUUGGGGAGUUCCAAUAUAAGUGGCAAUAUUGGACCCGCCAACGCAGG